GCCUGCAGAGGAGCUGGAUGUUUACUGAGGGUGAAACUACGGAAAGGAAGCGACAUCUGGAUUAACACCAGGUUUACUCAGCAAACUCUUUCCUCUCCACUUGAUCCAGUUUGGCUGUUUUUACCUGCAGGGGUCAAAAUGUCUCUGAUGGACCUGGAGAGGCUGAAGAUGACGGGGGCAGGUCGGGCCAUGGCAGUGCUGACCAGCGGGGGAGAUGCACAAGGAAUGAAUGCUGCUGUCCGAGCCGUGACAAGAAUGGGCAUCUAUGUCGGAGCCAAGGUUUAUCUUAUAUAUGAGGGAUACCAGGGCCUGGUGGACGGGGGAGACAACAUCAAACUGGCUCACUGGCACAGUGUGACCAACAUCAUCCAACAGGGUGGAACUGUGAUAGGAAGUGCGCGAUGCAAGGCCUUCACAACCCGGGAGGGGAGGCUCGCCGCGGCGUUCAACCUGGUGACAAAAGGCAUCACCAACCUGUGUGUAUGCGGAGGAGAUGGCAGCCUCACUGGAGCGAACAUCUUCCGCACUGAGUGGAGCGGCCUGUUGGAGGAGCUUGUUCAGAAAGGGAGGAUCACAGACACUCUGGCCAAGCAGCACAACCACCUGAAUAUCGUGGGACUUGUGGGCUCCAUUGAUAAUGACUUCUGCGGCACAGAUAUGACCAUCGGAGCUGAUUCCGCCCUGCACCGCAUCAUGGAGAUUAUCGAUGCAAUCAUGACCACUGCACAAAGCCAUCAGCGCACUUUUGUUCUUGAAGUCAUGGGGCGACACUGUGGAUAUCUGGCCUUAGUGUCUGCUCUGGCUUCUGGAGCAGACUGGCUCUUCAUUCCAGAGUCUCCUCCUCAGGAGGGCUGGGAGGACCGUAUGUGCAACCGGCUAGAAGUAAGCCGCACCAAAGGAUCCAGGCUUAACAUUAUCAUCGUAGCAGAAGGAGCCAUUGACAGAAAUGGAAAGCCCAUCUCCUCAACUUACAUCAAAGAUCUGGUGGUAAAGAGGCUGGGUUAUGAUACCAGAGUGACCGUACUUGGCCAUGUACAGCGAGGAGGAACUCCCUCUGCCUUUGACAGGAUUCUGAGCACUAAGUUGGGUGUGGAGGCGGUGGUGGCUCUGAUGGAGGCCUCUCCUGACACCCCCGCCUGUGCCAUCGGCCUGUCAGGUAACCAUCCUGUUCGCCUGCCUCUGAUGGAGUGUGUAGAGAUGACUAAGUUGGUGCAAAAAGCCAUGAAUGAGAAGAGGUUUGAUGAGGCUGUGAAACUACGUGGAGGGAGUUUUGAGAACAACUGGAACAUCUACAAGCUUCUUGCCUUUCAGAAGCCAUCUCAGUCUCAGAGCAAUUUCUCCUUGGCUAUUCUGAACGUUGGAGCUCCAGCUGCAGGAAUGAAUGCAGCUGUGAGGUCUGCUGUGAGGUUGGCGCUCGCUCAUGGUCACAAGGUCUACGCUGUCCAUGAUGGCUUUCAAGGACUCGCCAAAGGAGACAUUUUUGAGAUGGAAUGGCACAAUGUGGCGGGAUGGACUGGCCAAGGAGGUUCGCUGCUGGGGACAAAGAGAACUCUUCCAAACAAACACCUAGAGAAGAUAGUGGAAAACAUCACCAACUUCAACAUCUCAGCUCUGCUUGUCGUUGGAGGAUUUGAGGGCUAUGAAGGUGUGCUGCAGCUGUUUGAAGCCCGCAGUCGCUUCGAUGAGCUCUGCAUCCCCAUGUGUGUAAUCCCAGCUACCAUCAGCAACAAUGUCCCCGGAACCGACUUCAGCCUGGGAGCAGACACGGCCGUCAACGCUGCCAUGGAGAGCUGUGAUAAGAUCAAGCAGUCUGCCACUGGGACCAAGAGACGAGUGUUUGUGGUGGAGACGAUGGGUGGAUACUGUGGCUAUCUGGCAACCAGCGCAGGGAUAGCUGUGGGAGCUGAUGCUGCCUACAUCUUUGAAGACCCUUUCAACAUCCAUGACCUGACGACCAACGUGGAGCAUUUGGCAGAGAAGAUGAAGAAGGACAUCCAGAGGGGUCUGGUGCUGAGGAAUGAAAAAUGCCACGAGAACUACACUACAGAUUUCAUCCACAGGCUGUAUUCCUCAGAGGGAAAAGGAAUCUUUGACUGCAGAGUCAAUGUGCUGGGACACCUGCAGCAGGGAGGAUCCCCUUCUCCUUUUGAUAGAAAUUUUGGCACUAAGUUGGGUGUGAGGGCUGUCCAGUGGAUUUCAGAGAGGCUGACUGAAAACUACAGACAAGGUCGGGUGUUUGCCAACUCACCGGACACAGCAUGUGUGCUCGGCCUCAACAGGAAGGUCAUCUCAUUCAGCCCCGUCACCGAGCUGAAAGAGGGGACUGAUUUUGAACACCGGAUGCCAAAGGUCCAGUGGUGGCUAAAGCUUCGUCCAAUGCUCAAAAUGUUGGCCAAGUACCAAACCAGCUUCUGUGAAUAUGUCCCGGGAGAGAUUGAACAUGUGACCCGACGCUCCAUAAGCAUUGACUCUGGGUUUUAGACUCUUUAACGCAGCAGUAUUCUCUUUGCAUUUGCUAACUUUUGGCCUACAGACACUUUAAGACAAAACAAAUCAAAAAAAUAUUUGAAAAUGUUUGCAUUCUUAUGUCAUGGUAACUACUGAAUAUUAAAUAAGGCAUGAAAUGCAUGAUAAACUCAAAA